AUGGCGAAAGCAAAGUCACGAACGAUCCUCGUCCGCCUUCUCUCGACGGUCGGGACGGGAUAUUCGUAUGUUGCGCGGAGGCCGAGGGUGGCGGAGAGGAAGCUUGCGUUCAUGAAGUACGACCCCCGAGCCGGCCGCCACGUCCUCUUCACCGAAGCGAAGAUGAAGUAA